GCUAGCGAGCGCGAGAACCUCGACCCCAGAACUUCAAAGUCGACACUCUUAACAAGCCACAACAUCUGCCACUCAGAGCCUCUCUUUGAUUUGCAGAUCAAAAUGGCUUCGUCGCAGCAAAGAGUAAUCCAUCAAGAUUACAUUGCCCGGAUACGAUACUCCAAUGCCUUACCACCGCCCCCUAAUCCUCCCAAACUCCUCGAUAUCCCCAAUACCGGCCUUGCGAGCGGCCAAUACACAACGCCUGGCUUCGCAUCAAGACUUGCGCGCGACCAGCCGCUGAAUAUCGAAGCAGAUGCCGAGCUUGGUAUGCCGUUAGACCUGGUGGGUAUGCCAGGUAUCUUCGAUGGAGAUGAGAGUUCUAUACAAGCACCAUUACAGGCGCCGUCAGUCCAUCCUCACGAUCGCGCACUUCUCCGACCUCUUUCGACGUUAGGAAAACCCACGUUGUCUGAUUCCGGCGUUUCUUUCUUGCGACGAACUGAAUACAUCUCUUCCUAUACCUCCAAAUCGCGCUUCGAGUCCACAACCUCAAGAUCGUUAGUCGAUGUCACAGGAAACCGCAAGAAGAGGGUACCAGAGAACCACGACAAAGAAUCACCCGAAUACAUCAAGAACCAAGUAGAGAGGAGUUUUGCACUCGCAGCACAAAAUCUCAAGAGCGGCCAAUUUACAAAGCAUCCUACCAAGAAGAACCUCAAGCUUGUGGACUCCUUCCCUCUCCUUCCGGACCUCACAGCCUUCCCAGACGCCGGCGGCUACGUCUCCAUCAAGUUCCUCUCCAACCCCCUCCCCCCCAGCUCAACCUACGACAUCCGGCUCGAGAACAGCAUCCUCAAGCCCAUGGAACCGGACGAAGACCUCGAGAAACUAAAAACCGAAGCACGAGACCUACACGAGCGAGAUCCAGAGCGCUAUCCUGCCCCCGACGAGUCCAUGGAAUACGAAUUCUACCUCACCGAAACGCCGUCCGAGGCCCUGCGCUUCAAGCGCAAGUUCGACACCCUGGACCCCGACCCCGACGACGAGGAUCUGUACCCGCAGAAGAACGGCUCGGGCACCGGUUGUUUCCGCUUCAAGCGCAUCCGCGCGUACGAGUCGGCGUCCAUCCACGGCAACACGGCGGACAAGUACGACGACGAAGUGUGCAUCGCCGUGCAUGACGGCAAAGACGGCGUGCGUCAGAAGGCCGCGUACUAUUACCCCAUGGUGCAGAAGAUCCAGAUCCGGCCGCAGCGGACGAAGAAUAUAAAUAUCAAGCGGAACAGGUUCCAGGGCACGCAGGAGGAUGCGUUGAGAUCGCAGACGGAUUUUGUGGAUAUGAGGGUUGAGGCACCGGAUGAGAAGAUGAGGGCGGAGAGGGAUGCGUUUGCGGUGUUUCCGUACGGGAAGGAGGAGGAAGAGGAGGAU